AUGUACGAGUAUUUUCUUAUGAAAGAUGAAAAAGGAUAUCGUAUCGUUAAGGUUGGCCAUUAUUAUGCACCAGAUGCUGAGUCUGAGGAAGAGGAAGAAAUUGAACCAAUACUGAUACUUUCCCACCUUGGUGGCGCGCCGGCCCCACAGAGGCGCACAGGUGUUGGAGGCAUUUUCAAUAGACUCGGUCGUGUUGGAGGCAUCUUCAAUAGACGCGGUCGUGUUGGAGGCGGUCGUCGUGGAGGCGGUCGUCGUGCAGGCGGUCGCGGUGGAGGUGGUCGUGGUGGAGGCGGUCGUGGUGGAGGCGGUCGUGGUGGAGGCGGUCGUGGUGGAGGCGGUCGUGGAGGCGGUCGUGGAGGCGGUCGUGGAAGCAAAGAAAAUGAAGGCGGUGGUGUUGGAGGCAACGACUUUGGAGGCGGUGAUUACGGAGGAGGUGAUUAUGGAGGUGGUGAUUAUGGAGGUGGUGAUUAUGGAGGUGGUGAUUAUGGAGGCGGUGAUUAUGGAGGCGGUGAUUAUGGCGACGGCGGUGAUUAUGGAGGCGGUGAUUAUGGAGGCGGUGAUUAUGGAGGUGGUGAUUAUGGAGGUGGUGAUUAUGGAGGUGGUGAUUAUGGAGGCGGUGAUUAUGGAGGUGGUGAUUAUGGAGGCGGUGAUUAUGGAGAUGGUGAUUAUGGAGGCGGUGAUUAUGGAGGCGGUGACUAUGGCGGCGGUGAUUAUGGCGGCGGUGACUAUGGCGGCGGUGAUUAUGGCGGCGGUGAUUAUGGCGGCGGUGAUUAUGGAGGCGGUGAUUAUGGCGGCGGUGAUUAUUGA